AUGUCUCCACCAUUUCCACAAUGCUUCAAGAAGACAAAGGAAUAUCAACAAUACAAAGCUUUUAUUGAUGUUCUUCGCCAACUCACAAUUAACAUUCCAUUGAUUGAUUCUUUAGAGAAAAACACGAACUAUAUCAAAUUCAUGAAGGAAGUUCUUUCGAAGAAACGAAGACUUGGUGAGUUUAAGAUAAUUGCUCUUACUGAAGGCUGUAGCACUAUGGCUACAAGUCAAUUGCCACCAAAACUUAAGGAUUCAGGGAGUUUCACUAUUCCUUGUAACAUUGGUGACAUAUUUGUAGGUAAAGCUUUAAGUGAUUUGGGUGCUAGCAUAAAUCUAAUUCCAUUGUCAAUCUUUAAGAAAUUUUGGAGUGGUGAAGUAAGGCCCGCUAUAGUUAUUUUACAACUUGUCGAUCGAUCUAUCGUGCAUCCUAGUAGUAUUGUGGGGAAUAUUCUUGUGCAAGUGAAAAAGUUUAUUUUUCCUACGAACUUUAUCAUUUUGGAUUGUGAAGCGACCAAAGAAGUUCCCAUUAUUCUUGGUCACUCAUUCCUUGCUACAUGUCGAGCUGUGAUUGAUGUUGAAAAAGAAGAAUUAAUUAUGUGCUUCAAUGAUGAGCAUAUUACUUCUAAUGUUUUGAAUAAUGUUUCUUAUAUAAAUGACAAUGUUGAUUGUUUUUUACUUAAUGUGAUUGACAUUUUUUCACGUGAACAUUUGGAAGAAUGCUACAGUGCUGAUACAACUCUGUAUGAUUCAGUAACAAUCGAGGAAUUUUUGACUCAUGAAGAAGAAGAAUGUAGUAGCAAGUAUUUCCAGAGCAUUGAACCCUUGCAAAUGAAUGAUCAUAUUCUUCAAGCACAAAAUCCAUCUAUUGAAGAACCACCAAAGCUCAAUUUGAAACCUCUUCCUGAGCAUGUGAAAUAUUUUUAUCUUGGAGAAAAUGAGACACUACUAGUCAUUGUGGCCAUACAGCUUACAACAUCAUAA